AUGCCCUACUCCGAGGAGCAGCAACUCAGGAAUAGCGCCUCCGAGGCGGAGUCUCCUCAGCGGCGAGCCACGGCUCCGUCCUGGAGACGACGGUUGACGCGAGGCGCGAUUGGCGCCAGCGCGCCGAAUCAGGAGGCCGCGUUCCAGCCGCGCGGCCAGGUAUUGGCGGCGUCUGCGGGAGAGGGCGGGGCCAGAGCGGCGGGAGAAUUCGGGCCGGGCAGCUGCCUCUGCACCUUCGCCGAGCCCACCAUGGAGAAAGGCCUGCGCGGGAAGCCGAGGGAGAACCAGCCGCCCCGCAGGCAGGCCGCGGAGGCGCUCGGCUCGGAGGGCUGCAGCAGCAGCAGCAGCAGCAGCAGCAGCAGCAAGAAAGCCAAGUUCCCCUUGCACCUCAAGAUCUUGACAGAUGAUGUGUUUGAUAAAUUCUCCAGCAUACGAAUUCCAGGCAGCAAAAAGGAUAGACCAGCUCUCCUGCAUCUGAAACAAUCACAUUGCUCAUCUAGUGAAUGUACUACCCCUGUGGAGGUAGAUGACUCCAUGCCUACCCAUUUGUCAGAUCAAGAGAUCCUUGUACUCUUUGAAAAAAUGAUGGAAGAUAUGAAUUUAAAUGAGGACCGAAAAGCUCCACUAAGAGAAAAAGACUUCAGUAUCAAAAAAGAAAUGGUUUUGCAGUAUACUAGUACUGCUUCAAAGCCGGGAAGCCUCAAGAGUAGAAGGCAGAUUCUGCCACAGGAAUUCAUAUAUGAACUGAAAACUGGAACAGUGGAUGAAAAACUUGUCAGUUGCUUAGAAUCCCUUCGUGUGUCGUUGACUAGUAACCCUGUCAG